UAACCUCGCCGUGAAGGAGUCGGGCCUUGAAUGUUCCACCACAACAACAGCAGAACCACCGAGCAAAGCAUAGACAAGUAUCCUGUUCCUAAUCUUUGUGUGCGCCUACUUUCUUCCUCUUCCUCCUCCCGAAGCUCCCAUACCAACCCGACCUCUGGACUCGACCCCCGCGGGGAGCAACAGUUGUCCAAGAAUCCAUUCCACCCACUGCAGAAGCAAGAAGAUGGGGCAGGCGCUGCGCAGGCUCUUCGACUCCUUCUUCUCCACCAAGGAGAUGAGGGUUGUGAUGCUUGGUUUGGAUUCAGCUGGCAAAACAACAAUCUUGUAUAGGCUGCACCUGGGGGAGGUUCUUCAAACUGUGCCUACAGUAGGUUUUAACGUCGAGAAAGUUCAGUACAAGAAUGUGGCAUUUACCGUGUGGGAUGUUGGUGGACAAGAAAAGCUCAGACAAUUAUGGAGGAUGUAUCUCAGCAAUUCUGAUGCACUGAUCUAUGUUGUUGAUUCUUUGGACAGAGAAAGGAUCGAAGAUGCCAGACAAGAAUUCCAGAGCAUUAUCAAGGACCCUUUGAUGGCAAACAGCAUAAUCUUGGUAUUAGCAAACAAACAGGACUUGAAAGGUUCAAUGAGCCCGGAGGAGGUCAUUGAAGGGCUGGGCCUGCAUGAUCUCAAGAACAGGAUAUGGCACAUACAGGGGACGUGCGCGCUCCGCGGCGAGGGCCUCUAUGACGGGCUCGAUUGGCUGGCGUCCACCCUGAAGCAGCUGCAGGAGACGGGUCAUGCUACUUCAAUUGCUGGACCUUCUAUCUAGCUUCUUCACAGACAGAGAAAAGAGACCUCACCUCAACUGCCCGAUGAUCCUCGCCUGACGCAAUGGCCAUCCAUCCGACCGUCGAUCUGUUCAUCUGACAAGAGCAUGCCCCCAUGGUGCGCCUGUUCUGACCCGUGUGUGGCGGCCGCCCAUAUGGGGCUCGUCUGGCAGGAACUUAUGCAGUGUAUAACAGAUGGGUGAACGAUAAACAGCACCUGGCAUGGGAUUGUUGUAUCUUGUAUUUGUGUAUACCUGAGAGGGGCCGCUUGGGGCACACGAUUGCUUUGCUCGAUUGCAUACUGAUGAAAGGAAGAGGAGACGGUUUGGUUAUAGUGUGCUGAAUGCUUUGUCUGCAGCUCGCAGCUUCAGUGAUUGCAUUUGUAAGCUUGAGAAUACUACUUCCUCCGUUCCUAAAUAUAAGUCUUCGUAGAGAUUCGAAUAUGGAA